UAAGGGCAGUUCUGAAAUGUUCUGAGUACCCAUUCUCUGUCUCGCACAUCAUAGUCUAGAACUCACCUCUACUGAACUUCUGUUCACCCAUCUGGAAGAUCCCAGCCAGCAACCAUGGUUGAUGAUGAGCUGACUGCUUUGGUAGUAGAUAAUGGGUCAGGGAUGUGCAAGGCAGGUUUUGGGGGUGACGAUGCCCCCCGUGCUGUGUUUCCCUCCAUGGUAGGACGUCCACGACACCAGGGGGUCAUGGUAGGCAUGGGCCAGAAGGACUGUUAUGUGGGAGAUGAAGCCCAGAGCAAGCGAGGCAUCUUGACCCUGAAGUAUCCCAUUGAGCAUGGAGUCGUCACCAACUGGGAUGAUAUGGAGAAGAUCUGGUAUCACACUUUCUACAAUGAGCUCCGUGUAGCACCGGAUGAGCAUCCGAUUCUUCUCACGGAGGCACCCCUUAACCCCAAAAUCAACCGGGAAAAGAUGACUCAGAUAAUGUUCGAGGCUUUCAACACACCAGCCAUGUAUGUGGCGAUCCAAGCCGUGCUGUCCCUCUAUGCUUCCGGAAGGACUACAGGUAUCGUGAUGGAUUCUGGGGAUGGCGUCACUCACACUGUGCCUAUCUAUGAAGGUUACGCUCUGCCUCAUGCCAUUCUACGACUAGAUCUGGCAGGUAGGGACCUGACUGAUUACCUCAUGAAGAUUCUGACAGAACGAGGCUAUAACUUCACCACCACUGCAGAGAGGGAGAUCGUGCGGGAUGUCAAAGAAAAGCUGUGCUACGUGGCCCUGGACUUUGAGCAGGAGAUGGUCACUGCAGCUGCUUCAUCCUCACUGGAGAGAAGCUAUGAGCUCCCUGAUGGGCAGGUGAUCACCAUUGGCAAUGAACGCUUUCGGUGCCCAGAAGCCAUCUUCCAGCCUUCCUUUCUAGGCAUUGAAUCCAGAGGCAUCCAUGAGACGACCUUCAACUCGAUCAUGAACUGUGAUGUAGACAUCCGUAAGGACUUAUAUGCCAACACUGUGCUGUCUGGAGGCAGUACCAUGUACCCAGGCAUUGCCGACAGGAUGCAGAAGGAAAUUGUAACCUUGGCACCAAGUACCAUGAAAAUUAAGAUCAUAGCUCCCCCAGAACGCAAGUAUUCAGUUUGGAUUGGGGGCUCCAUCCUUGCCAGCCUGUCCACAUUCCAGCAGAUGUGGAUCAGUAAGCAGGAAUAUGAUGAAGCUGGUCCUCCUAUUGUUCAUAGAAAAUGCUUCUAGAUGAGCUACCAUGUCCCUUUUCCUAGGUCAUAGUGAUGGUACCCCCACCUCACCCAGGACAAUUAAGGUAAAUCAUUUACUUCUUAUUGAGUGUACAAGCCAGGAAGUCUACAUCUCCAUCCCAAGUAUCCAGGGCUAUGAUACAGCUAACCACACUGUGAUUUUCAUCAGCUGAGGGAAUUCUGGUAUCAUAUUCUGUUUUCUGUGCCUGUAGGGCUCAAAGAAAUGUGGGCUUGCUUACAUGAAAAUAUGUGACAAGGAGUAAGAUCAUGAGGAUAUAAUUUCAGGCUGAAUACAAUUUGCAAAGCUCUUGCAAAAAUGGUCAACACUCUACAAAUCUGCAAUACAAAAGUUUAGCAGCUAUAUCUUAUUCUCUUUAUUCAUCUACUUCUUCCUAUGGAUAUAACGAAUUAUACAAGUCAAUCAUCUAUAGCCACAUAUGCAUCAGGAAAGUAAAAUAUUACAUCUUAAAUUAUAAUAAUGUACUUGGCUGACUUACAUGCAUGUUUUUAUUCUCUAGUCAACGUUUUAUCAGCUCUGUAUUUCAAGGAAUUGACUUAUCACAUAAGCAUAGCUAACCAGUUACCAUUCAAUUAGUGUGUUUAAAUCAAGCAAAUUUUCAAGUCAAGGUGAAGUUCUGUUGGUCAAAUACAUCUUAAUGACUUAGUUCCUAGACUUCAUCAGACUCACGAAACAGCAAACCUACAGAUGAUGUCUGUUUACACAGAAAGAUACUGUUAUACUGAGGUAAUUUUGUUCUGCCACAGUGUGACAAGAAUAAUUUUAUCUGUAUCUCUCAGCAUAAUAAUGUGUCUCGAGUAAUAUCUGUUGGCCUUGAUUCUGAAUAUUCCUCAUAUGCAAGGAUGUUGCUAUGGGAAAUACAGCACAAGCAUCUUUGCACGCAGUGAACUAUAGUAGAAACUCGGUAACCUCAAGCGUGCUCUUGGAAAGAUUUUGUUGUAGUUCCUUAUUUUAUUACAUCCAAUGACUGGCAACACUUGUUUACGCAUAUGUCUCUGAAAUGUUAUUAGGGUUUCUUCCUACAAUGUUUGAGAUGACGUAAUGAACCCAGUGGUGACUGAACAACAAAUUUUUAGUAUGACCAUAUCUGUUUCCAGCUACGCUGUGAUUUCUGAUUAUUUGGUUAUCAGGGUAACUUGCAUUCUUCAUGUCUUUUUCUUAAAAGUUAAGAUAUUCAUCUGCUUAUUUUCUUACGAAGAUGCUGUUAGACACGUGGGAGGGAGAAACCUCUUCUCUUUCAUAUUAGUCUGGAAACUUCUUGUGUUAAAGCAUGUGAAUUUGGAAUCUGUAACCAAUUUUGAUUAAGAUAGAAUGUUCCCAGUACUUUGACUACUCCUUAUUUCCUUUAUCAAUUGGUGUAAUCACUUCAGAGGCACUUUCUUUUACAAAGACUGCUUUUCACUUAAUUUCAUUAAAGUAA